AUGGAAUACAAGCAUGCGGAUAAUUCUCCCAGGGUGGGUACCGGCAACGCCGGAGAAUCCCACACUCCCGCUUCGGCGGGGGAUCGGGCCGUGUAUACUGGGGGCCCCAAACAUGCUUUGAAGGAGGGGAGGAGGAAUGACGACUUUGGCAACGAACUUACGGACAAUGAUAGGCAAUGCGAUUUGGCAAUGUUGACGGCGAGCGAGGGUGGAUCACGAGCGGCAACGCCCGUACCCACCGGCAUGGGCUCCGGGUUCUUUAGGAGACCCGGAAGUGGUAGUGACGAGAGCGGCGAUGAGUCCACCGCUUCUCAUAAUCCGGACGUGGACAGUGAGAGGGAGAGGACCCGGGAAACUUUCCGGCGCAAGAGGCGCGGUAGUGAGCUCGAGGAUAGCCCGGAGAAAAACAGGGGAGCGGCCGCAAAGCCCUCCUCCAAACGCGGAAGAGGAAGACCGCCCACCACAGGGCAAUACGUAGGCAUGUACAAGGCCAAGAAGGAUCUCCUCGACAUCAAGCAGAGGGAACUUGAAGUCGAGGUAGAGAAGGAACUACUGGACGUGACAAAGAGACUCCCGAACCUACGGUCCAACCGGCUUUCGGAGUCCUCACUCUCAGACUGUAUAAUGGCGGAAGACGAGAUCACAACGGCGAAACUUGGCGAGGCAAUAACGCAGAGCCUUGACGCCAUCUCCGCUGUGACUCAGAAGUCGAAGAAUCUUAAGGGCACCUACAUCGCGGCCCUUAAAAAAGCGACCUGUACCAUAAAGGAAGCGAGCGUUAGCCUUCUUAGCAGGUCAGCUUCGGAAGAGACGAGAGCCCUGGCGGCGCAGAACACACGCCUCUCCAGAGAGCUAGAGGACAUGAAGAAAGAACUAGAGGCCGUCAAGCGCAGGCUCGCUGACGCCCAACCACAGUCUGCUCCUAUAAAAGAGCCGAAUGUGGAAGAGCUAUUACAGCGAGCGCUGCGCGAGGCGGUCUCCGUGAUGAACGCCCGCAUGGAUGCACGCUUGGAAGGGCUCGAGGCCCGACUUCUACCGGAACCUCGCCUACGCCCUCCACUUGCUGCGGACAAAAAGAAGGAGAGAGCUGCCUCCACAUCAGUCGCAAGGCCGCAGCUACCUGAAGUGGAAAAAGAGACCCCGCCUCCGCCGGAGCCAUCAGUCUCUACAUUGAUGGCUCCGACGAACCCGGAGCCCAAACCAAAAAGGACAAAGAAGGGACGAAAGUCUGCUGCUGCUGUCGAGGCUGCAGCCGCGAGAAGCGAUGCAACGACGGCGGUAGCUACGACACAGCCAGCCUCUCCUUCAUGGACAGAGGUAGUCAAAAGAGGGAAGGCACCGAAGAAGGUGGAAGACAAGAAAAAGACGCUGAAGAAGAAGGAGAAAAAGAAGAAGGAAAGGCAACUCCGCGCUCCAAAAUCAGCAGCCGUAGUACUGACUCUGCUUCCGGACGCGGAGAAAAAUGGCGUCACUUACCAGGACGUCAUUGAUAAGGCGAAGUUACAGCUAGAUUUGGCUGCACUUGAUAUCCCAGCGGUCAAAUUUAAGCGGGCCGUGACCGGGGCUCGUAUGUACGAGGUCUCGGGAGCGGCCUGCAAGGAGAAGGCCGACGCCCUUGCGGGCAAAUUAAAGGAAAUAGUCGGUGAAGACGUGGUACGAGUGUCUCGGCCGCAGAAAUGUGCGGAGCUGAGAAUCACGGGUCUCGACGACUCUGCAACAGCGACAGAAAUCGCAGCUUCCGUCGCAAGAUCGGGCGGUUGUCGUCCCACAGAUGUCAGAGUCGGCGAGAUCCGCGUAGAUAGAAGAGGGCGCGGCUUGGCCUGGGUCAAGUGCCCGGUCGAGGCCGCCAAGCUGGUGACUGCGUCGCCUGCCAGGAUUUACGUCGGCUGGACAGUGGCCCAGGUGACCCUCCUGGCCCAGCGCACCAUGAGGUGCUUCCGGUGCCAUGAAGAGGGACACACCAGAGCGACAUGUUCCUCAGGAACAGACCGCAGUGAACUCUGUUUCCGCUGCGGACAGCCCGGGCACUCGGUCAAACAGUGCGGGAACCCACCGCACUGCGCGCUCUGCGAGUCACGAGGGAAAGCGGCGGACCAUAUUGUGGGCAGCAAGCGCUGCAACAAAUCUGUCCCCAAAGCAAAACGGAAAGGCCCCAAAAAGAGCCGAGCGCCUCAAGAGGCCGCCACAACAUCUACGGCGGCCCCUAGUGGCAACCUGAACCACUGCGCCCAGGCGCAGGAUCUUUGGGUUCAGGCUCUUCUGCAGUGGGAGAUCGACGUGGCCGUUAUUGCAGAGCCGUACCGCGUCCUGGAAAGAAGCGACUGGUUGGGAGACGCUGACUCGUCGGUCGCCUUAGUCUUUGGUCCCAAGAUCAUGUCUCCUUCGUCGAGGAGCGCGAUAAGGGGCCGUGGAUUUGUUGUCGCCAUCUUGGGGACCCUCACCGUGGUGGGGGUUUACUUUUCCCCCAACAAGCCGACCGCCGAGUUUGAGGCGCUCUUGCUUCGCCUGACCGCCGUCGUAGAGGGGUCGAGUCGCCCCGUAGUUGUCGCCGGAGACUUCAACGCGAAGUCUCCGCUGUGGGGCUCCCCGGCGGCAAAUGCGAGAGGUCGACUCUUAGAGGAUUGGUUGGCCACUACCGGCCUGGUCCUGGCAAACCGCGGUGCGUCCAGUACAUGCGUCCGGCGACAGGGAGAGUCCAUAGUGGACCUCACCCUGGUCAGCCCAGCCAUCGCCCCGCAUAUAACCGAGUGGCAGGUCUUGAGUCGCACUGAGACUCUCUCGGACCACCUCUACAUACGCUUCGUCGUCUCAGCUCACUCGACGGAGCCGGGUCGCACAUUUACACCUGGUGCAGGCCCGAGGUGGUCCUUGAAGAAGUUGGACCGCGACCUCCUCAAGGAGGCAGCAGCCGUCGCGUCAUGGGCGCCUCUACCAUCAGAGGACGUAGAGGAAUGCACGGAGUGGUUGAUUGAGGCGGCACACAACAUCUGCGACGCCUCAAUGCCCCGCGCCGGGCCGGUCGUACCAAGACGCCAGACGUACUGGUGGAGUCCAGACUUGAAGCGUCUCCGCGAUCAAUGUGUGGCAGCCCGCCGCCGCUAUCUGCGUUAUCGAAGAAGGCGAAUCAGGAGUGAGACGGAGGAGGAGACCAUCUACGAUGGAUACCGCACAGCGCGUCACAAUCUGCGCGAUGCCAUCCGAAUGGCCAAGAAGACGGCAUGGGAGGAAUUCCUAGGUACUCUUGAGCAGGACCCGUGGGGCAGACCUUACAAGUGGGUGAGGCAAAAGCUUCGCCCUGCUGCCCCACCGCUCACUCAGUCCUUGCAGCCGGAUCUCUGCAGAUCCAUCGUUUCGGCCCUAUUUCCACCUAGGGCCGAGUGGUCCCCACCAUCCAUGGCACCACCAACUGCGGAGCCCGAAGAGGAGGAGGAAAUCCCCCCAGUUUCAGCCGGAGAACUGGCAGUGGCGGUACAUAAAAUGAGCCUUCAAAAUAAGGCUCCUGGCUUGGAUGGAGUCCCCGGUCGUGUAUGGGUGCUAGCGAUGGAGCACAUGGAAGCGCGUGUGCUCGCCGUACUGAACUUGUGUUUGGUACAGGGGCGAGUUCCACGUCGCUGGAAGACGGGCAAACUCGUGCUACUCAAAAAGGCCGGGCGACCAGAAGACCAACCGUCUGCCUAUCGUCCCAUAGUGUUGAUCGACGAGAUCUGUAAGACGUUUGAGAGGAUCAUCGUCGCACGCCUCAACCGUCAUCUUGAGAGCGUUGGUCCCAACCUGAGCGAUGCUCAGUUCGGGUUUCGGUCUCGUCGAUCAACAAUAGACGCGGUGGCACGGAUUCGGUUAAUCACGGAGCAGCAAAUCUCUCAGGGCGGGGUGGUGUUGGUUGUCUCAUUGGACAUCGCCAACGCGUUCAACACCCUGCCUUGGGAAACAAUAAAGGAGGCCCUGAGGUACCACCGAGUGCCCAGAUACUUACGCCGAACCAUCGGUGAUUAUCUGUCGGAGCGCUCGGUGCAGUACCCUACCGAAGAUGGAUGGGAAGAGCAGGAGGUAGACUGCGGCGUCCCACAGGGUUCGGCUCUCGGUCCGGAACUGUGGGACCUUGGAUUUGACCAUGUGCUUCGGGGUGCCAACUUACCCGGCGUCGAACUGGUCGCGUACGCGGACGACACUGCGGUGGUCUGUCGCGCCAGAACGCACCGCGAAGCCACAAUCCUGGCGACGGCAGCGGUAGCGCAGGUGGUGCGCAGGAUCCAGGCGCUGGGCCUGACGGUGGCGCUGAACAAGACGGAGGCUAUCGUUUUCCACGGGCCCCGUAACGCGCCGCCGCCUGGCCUAGCAAUAAUAGUUGGAGGAACUUCGAUCCAGAUUGCGUCUACCAUGACUUAUCUCGGACUGGUCCUCGAUAGCCGGUGGACUUUCAAAGAGCACUUCCGCCGGCUAUCCGAGAAGGUGAAAAAGGCAGCAGGAGCCCUGGCCUCGCUACUCCCGAAUCUCGGGGGCCCGAGCCUUACUUGUCGGCGCCUGUACAUGGGUGUGAUACGCUCCAUGGUGAUGUACGGUGCGCCGAUAUGGGCUGAAGAUCUGGCAGCUGUGAACAGGCAGGCCCUGGGACGGCUACAACGAAUAAUGGCGACGCGGGCAGUGCGCGGGUACCGCACCAUCUCUCGGGAUGCUGCGUGCCUGCUCGCCGGAAGCGUCCCAUGGGACCUGGACGCCAAAACCCUCGCCGACGUCUACUGGCUGUUCAGGGAGUGGUUGGGUCGGAAGAACGGCGCACUCUCGUUCCGCCUCACGCAGGUGCUGACCGGGCACGGCUGCUUCGGUCGGUACCUGUGCGAGAUCGCCGGGAGGGAGGAGACGACGCGAUGCCACCACUGUGGAGAGGACAGGGACACGGCCGCGCACACCUUAACGGCCUGUCCCUCAUGGAUACUACAACGCGCGGCCUUAACGGCCGCGAUUGGACAGGACAUAUCACUGCCAGCUAUGGUUCGCGCCAUGCUACGCAGUGAACUGGAGUGGAAGGCGGUCGAGAACUUCUCGGAAGAAGUAAUCGCCGCAAAGGAGGAGGCCGAGCGUGACAGAGAGAGGGAGGCGCUGGACCCCCAACGACGAAGAAGGCCAAGGCGACAACGCGUCAUCCAAAAUGACAACUUGCCGUCCUAG